UAACUACUUCCGGUUGUCAAAGUACCUAAAACUCGAAGAUAUUUAUUUUGCCUUGAAAUAAACCCUUAAAUUAAAAUGCCAGUUUGGUUUCACAUCGACCAUCGCUAUUUUGUGUUUGGUGCAUUUGGCGUGACAGCCAGUAUUGCCAUAUAUUCAACGUACAAGCUUAAUUCUGAAAGGAGAAAGAGACGACAGGAAAAUGUGUAUGAAUCUGAAAAACUGGUCAAUGAAUACCUCGUGUUCCAUUAUAGUUCACAGUCAGAAAUAUUAAAAUAUGAUUUUGGACCGAAAGAUUCACUCGAAUUUCCAAGACGCUGUGCAGAACUUUGCUUGGAAAGUUUCCAAGAUGGUGAAGGUAUACCCAAAAGAGCCUUUGAUAUUGGCUGUGCUGUUGGGCGUUCCAGUUUUGAGCUUGCUGGGAGGUUUGAGGAGGUGGUGGGGCUUGACUACAGCCAGGCAUUUGUGGACGUGUGUAAUAGGUUGAAGGCUGACGGCCAGCUGGAAUACUUCGUGCAGGAUGAAGGGGACCUGGUUACACACCUCACAGCCUGUGUACCAAAGAACCUGGACCGCUUUAGAGCUUCAUUUAUCCAGGGGGAUGCCUGUGACCUGCCCACCAAUCUGGGCACCUUCGGUUGUGUGCUGGCCGCCAACCUGAUUUGCCGUCUACAUUCCCCCUUCAAGUUCCUCAACCGGCUUGCAGGCCUUGUCGCUCCUGGAGGUAUUCUGGUAAUUACCUCCCCUUACACCUGGCUCACACAGUUCACUGAUAAGAGCACAUGGCUAGGUGGUUUCCAGGAUAAGAAUGGCAGGGAGGUGUACGGGUUUGACACCCUCAAGAAAACCCUUGGUCCACAGUUUGAUCUCAUCAAGGAUGUUAAUAUGCCCUUCUUCAUUCGAGAAACUGCUCACAAGAAUCAGUGGUCUGUAGCCCAUGCCACAGUAUGGAAAAGAAAACAGGAAUGAACAUUAUCAGAUUUGUGUUACUUUUAUAACUACUGAUAUUCAUAUAAUAUGUUAAUGUAUUCUGUAGUACCUGUCCAUGUACGUUUGUGUCUGCUUUAAAUUUUGUAUUCAUUAUUUACAUAUUAUUUUCACUUGAAAGUAACUUCAAUAGUACAAGACUGUUGAACUGUUUUGAUACUAGUUUGUUAUUGUUAUUAUACAUAUAUGUAUAUGACACGUUAUACAAGGGAAAAUAUUGCAUAGAAAAUAUUUGCAGUUGUCUCCCUUUACCUGUUAGAUUUCAACACUUGAACGGUCGGUAAUAUUACACUCAUAUUGAAGUGCAAUUAGUAUGGAAAUGUAAACUACAUUAAAUAGUUCAGUUUCAGUUUACUGACCAAUAUGAACAUGUACAUGUCUUGGCCAGACACAAUCAUCAUACAAUAUACAAAGAUGGCCACACACAAAUUGACUGGACGUCAUCGCAGUAUCACCAUAAUAAUUAUGUUGCUGCAUUCUAAUAUGCAAAUGAUUUUAUUUAUGUAAAUCUGUAAAAUUGAUUAUUUGAAAUACAUUGUAGAUGGUUUUAUUAAGUAUGACAAUAAUGCAAUGGGUUUACCCUCUGUCUUUUCGUCCAUCUGUAAAAACUAGACACUGCAAAAACUUCAGAAGCAAGCAAGCUAGGUUAAUGAAAGUUAGCAUGUAGAUAGAGGGUCAUUAAAAGGUUUGCAUGGCGUUGCUUUUGUCAGACAAUAUUUUGGUUGCUAUGGCAACGGAUACAGUGACAAUACCACUUGUUGACCUUGGCAUAUUUCAAAAAAUAUAAAAGCUACAUUUAUGAAACCACGGACCUAUAAACCAUGGAUUGGAGACUGCCCGAUAUGAGUGGUUUAUAGGUCCGUGAUGAAACUUGAUCUGUGGUAAGAAGACCAUCAGGAAAUUAUUCCUGUCAAUUAUUUUUGUCGAACAAAAUAUUUCGGCUGCUAUAAAAAGAUAAAUAAAGUGUAAAUAUCUC